AUGCAAGGUCUCCUGAAAGGAAAGUCAAAAUCCUCACAGAGCCGAUCGGAUAACAAAGAGAGGAAAGCGAAGAAGGUUGCGUCGAAGAAUUCGCUGUCGAAUCAGAAUUAUGAGGUGAAGGUGAAGCCGAGACCAGCGCCAUUACCGCCAGAACCGGUCAAUCCGGCUGAUGGCUUAUAUGGAUCGAUGACGAUUGCUGAGGAGGAGAAGGAGAAUGUCUCGAGAUCGGAGAGUGAUCGAUCGAGCAAAGUGGUGGCGAAAAAUUUUAAGCAGAAGAAAAAGAAGGCGCAGAUUGGCAAGAAGUCGUCGAAUGCUAGUUAUGAGCAAAAACGGAAAAAUAUUGGCGAGAAAAUAACACAAUUGAGUCAGAAAAUGGUCAACUCAUUACUGCAGAAGAAGGAGAGCGACGAGUUCGCGCCGGAAAAAGCUGAGCCGGCGGCAAUGGAUCUCGCCGCAACUCGCGAGGAAUCCAAAACAACGGUAUCGAGUCGAACACAGGAAAGCGAAACGAAAUUGGCAUCGAUAUCGAAACGAAGCACCGAAUCGGAGCACCUUCUGCCCGUCUACAUUCUGCCGAAUAAAUCGGUUCGAUUCGACGCCAAAAAAUCGUAG